CCUGCAAGGCCUCCCCCUCCUCCCAGGCUUCUGAGAAGAGUGGACAGGAGGUUAGCAUGGUGCCACCUGGUGUUGUGUUCCGUAGCGUUCCAUAGCGUUCCGCAGCGUUCCGGAGCCGUGUUGUUGUAGUCCUGCUGGGUUUUAAAGUAGCGCCAACACAUUUUCUGCUUCACUCUCUCGAUUUUCUUCCCCCAAACCAGUCCCUUGACUACAUCUUUGGUUGACGGAAACCCUCCUGUCUCUAAACCACCACCGUGUGCAUGUGGAGAGGAUGCAGUGUGUGUGUGUGUGUGUGUGUCUGUACAGCGGGCGUCCUGUCCCUCAUUUGGCAGGGAGACGAGCUGAAUAAAGAGGUUAGCUAGAGCAUAAAAAAACUCUUUGCUGCCUAUUUAAACACCUUGAACAAAUGACACGCAUGUAUGUGUGCUUGUGGAUCUAAUCCCUUUGUCCCCUGCAUGUUUGAGGAACAUUUGGAUGAAUGUGCUUGAACAGGACGGGUAUAGCUCAGUAGUUAGAGCAUUUGACUGCAGAUUAAGAGGUUGCAGGUCCAAAUCCACCUCUAUAUGUCACCUUUCGAUACAAUUGUCUGCUAUAUGACCGCAUUACCAUUCUUUUAUUAUCACUAAUGUAGUUAUUAUAACAAUAACAGCAGUCAGUGUUGUGUUGAGUGUGUGUUGGUUUUGGGAGGGCUUGGGGAUCUGUGAGACGUGUCAAACCUCUUUUUGCUUUUGUCGUUUUCUAAGAAGGAACGAGAGAAGAAGAAGAGAGAGAAGGAGAGGCCGAACUCUUCUGACAAGAAGAGAGAGGAGCUGCUGGACUCCAGAGGCAGUCCCAAGAGGAGCGGGGAGCCGGCCAUCGACCUGCUGGGCCUGGAUGCACCUGUAGGUGGAGCUGCAGCCAGUGGGAGUGGCUCCAGUAGUGGACCAAUCAGCGACGACCUGGACAUUUUUGGACCAAUGGUGUCCAACCCUCUACCCUCCUCUCAUCAUCCCCAGACUGGCUCCAUCAGCCCAGCCUCAGCCCCCGCCCCAGCCUCAGGACCCCCAUCAGGGGGCCCCGUGGGUCCCCCGGCCUCGCAGGGAGAGGUGGACCUCUUCGGCCAGAGCCCGGCCCCCACGCCCCCCACCUCCUCCAGUAAGACUGAGGAGGGGGUGGCCAAGAAGACCCUGUCCAAGGACUCCAUCCUCUCUCUCUACAGCAGCAGUACUGUAGGCACACACCAGCCUGGUCAAGCUGCUGUGAACAUGGGCCAGUUCAACGCCCAGGCCACGCCCCCCUACCAAUCCUACCCCAGUGUGGGCGGAGCCAUGCCCCCCGCCGCCAUGAUGGGAGCAGUCAUGGCCCCGGGAGCAGGAGGAGCCAUGAUGGGGCAGAACUCAGGAAUGAUGGUCGGCAUGGCGAUGCCCAACGGUUACAUGGGCGUGCAGCAAGGCAUGAUGGGACACCAGGGCGGAGCCAUGCAGCAGGGGGCGGGGCCAGCCCAGUUCUCCAUGCAUCAGCAACAGCAGUGGGGUGUGAAUCAGAUGACCCCGCAGAUGGCAGGAAUGACCAUGAGUGGCGUGGGGGCAGGACCAGGAGGUUUCAGCCAAUCAGGAGUGCCCGUGACGGGGUGGGCCGGCCCCCCGUCAGGCCAGACCCUCAGCACCCAGCUGUGGAAGUGAUGGGGGGAGGAGGGUGGAGGAGGGGAGGAAGGCCUCCCCUCCGCAGUACAACGCACAGGAGGCAAAUCGUAGAUUGCUCCACUAGCCCCGCCCCUCCCUUCUGUCAUCCCUCUGAAGCCCCGCCCAUUUGUUAUCUCUUCAGUGAUUGGUGGAGGGUUUGCAGGCAGCUCUUGUGUCUCUCUGACCUUGGUUUGGGUUCCACUGUUACUAUUUUGAUUCCUUUUAACUGUUGUUGUUGUUGCUGUAAAAGAAAAGAAAAAAAGACAUAUCGGAGAGAGAAAGCUGCUGGACUAUUAAUACGAGGCGUCGUACGAUAUAUCGUUACCAAAAUCCAUAGUUGGGUAGUUGUUAAAUGGCAGAUGUGGGUAUUUUGUUGGUGCUCCCACCCAGAGCCCCCCCCCCCCAGUCCUCCAGCCCUGACCAUGUGAAGCGUCCAUCCCCCCUCCCCCGCCCCCUCCCCCACCCCCUCCACCUCUCUUGAGGGUAGUCGUAGAAGAUCAGUACUGUAUCGAUAUUCCCCCACCUCAGCGAGCCAUAAGAACAGAGAGUUUGGCCAUAGCUGGUUCUGUCCAGAGGUGUCAUCUGUCCUGUACUAUAUCUGUCCCGUCUCUUCAUCCAGGGCUCUACUCUCAGCCCUCUACAGCUCUAGGCUGGAAGAGUCAAAGAGGUCAAAAAGACAUUCCUCCCUGGGUCUGUUUCCAUCCAGCAUGUCUGGACUGUCAUGUGUGUUCUGCAGCACUGACACGGCAGCAUUGACACGGCAGCACUGACAGGGCAGCACUGACAGGACAGCACUGACAGGGCAGCACUGACAGGGCAGCACUGACACGGCAGCACUGACACGGUGCCUGGGCUGGUUCUCCCGGACCCUCAUAAGGCCUCUCCGUGGGUCCAAUAGGGUUAGAGUUAGGACAUGAAGGCAGAUCUUCAACUGACCAAUAGGGUUAGAGUUAGGACAUGAAGGCAGAUCUUCAACUGACCAAUAGGGUUAGAGUUAGGACAUGAAGGCAGAUCUUCAACUGACCAAUAGGGUUAGAGUUAGGACAUGAAGGCAGAUCUUCAACUGACCAAUAGGGUUAGAGUUAGGACAUGAAGGCAGAUCUUCAACUGACCAAUAGGGUUAGAGUUAGGACAUGAACGCAGAUCUUCAACUGACCAAUAGGGUUAGAGUUAGGACAUGAAGGCAGAUCUUCAACUGACCAAUAGGGUUAGAGUUAGGACAUGAACGCAGAUCUUCAACUGACCAAUAGGGUUAGAGUUAGGACAUGAACGCAGAUCUUCAACUGACCAACAGGGUUAGAGUUAGGACAUGAACGCAGAUCUUCAACUGACCAAUAUAUGGGAGGCCAUGUGGCGCCUUCAUGUAGGCCAAACUCUCUGGGUGACGAUGAUGAUGAUGAUGAUGAUGAUUUACUUUAUUGAUCCCCAAUGGGGAAACUGGUUUGCCACCAUAGUCUGUACAACAUACAAAACAGGAAUACAGUAACAACAUAAAACAAGCAUAGUCACUUGUUAGUCAGGGGAGUGUGGUCCACUACCACAGUAAAAAUAGAAGGUUAAAACAGGGAAUACAUAACAAUAUAACAAUACUAUGAUGUGCAAAUGAGCAAUGUGCAGUAAUACAAUCAAAUCAAAUCAAAUCAAAUCAGCAGUCAUGAUUAAAAAGCCUAGCUGCUGCAGGAACAAAAGACCUCCUGAAUCUCUCUGUAGAGCACUUUGGUAACAGGAGACGUUUGCUCCUUCCACUUCUAACAAAAGUGCAGUGCAGGGGGUGGUCGUCAUGUGACAGGACAGUCCUAAGCUUCCUCCUGGUUCUCUGCUCCGUGAUGACCUCCAGAGAAUCAUGACCCCUGACCCCUCUCCCUCUCUGUGGGUGACCUCUGACCUCUUUUUCCCCCUCCUUGCUGUCAUCCGCCAUCUUACAGUGGUGUUGGUUGUGUGCAGUUCAAAGAAGCACAGUUAGUCUGAGACAAAUAAACCUGGAUGACCAAUCAGCUUCUAGCUUAGAAAGGGCGGGUCCUGGAGAAGAUAAGGGGAUUGGACGGUGAGGUCAUUGUCAGGAUUCCACAAGAAGUCUUGUCGACGCUGGGAGCCAAUCGGAGCUCUCAGUGGAUGGACCUGAAGAAAGACAUCCUGGGUCGAUGGGUUCAGGUUUUACUUCCCGGUUUUGAGGAUGACCUCAUGAUGUCCGAUCCUUUUACAUCUCAUUUUAUAGGGGAGAGAAGGGAAUAUAGAGAUUUUAAAUAGAAUAUUGAGUUUGGAAUCAGGAGAAAGCAAUCAAACACAGAUAAGCAGCAUAGUCCUGUGGCAGAGGUUCUAGCCACAUGGUCCCUCUGCCAUGCAAUAACGACCCACACACAAACACACAGUCCUCCAGGUUUAUUUCUAACGUGUUUACAUUUUCUGGUGCCUAGUACAAAGAAAAACAAUGUCAUUUCCGUGCAUUAAACAGUGAAAAGCCA